ACCCGCUGAAUUUAGAAGCCCUGCGUGACCUUGAGGAAGUAAUACAUGUAGGCAACUGGAGAUGUCAGAAGAUGUUAAACUUUCUACCGAGCUUAACAAAGUCGUUCUGACGGAAAAAUGUCGAAGUGAAGAGGAAUUUCAACCACAUGAACCUCUAUUCAAAGAUAUACAAAAUGGAAUCACGUUUCGGCAGUAUAUUGGCGAAUCAGAUUUAAAUAGCAUUAUCAAUCUCAUUGCUAACGAUCUCUCCGAACCUUAUUCUAUAUAUACUUAUCGAUACUUUAUAUACAACUGGCCAAAGCUGUGUUUAUUGGCUGUUAGUGAGGACGAUACUUGUGUGGGCACAAUUGUUUGCAAAAUGGAAACUCAUUUAGAAAAUGUUCGAAGAGGAUAUAUAGCUAUGCUUGCAGUUGAAAAAAAUCACCGUAGAAUUGGCAUUGGAUCACGGUUGGUUCAACUAGCAAUCGAACUUAUGAUUCAAGAUAGGUGUGAUGAAAUCGUUUUAGAAGCAGAAGUUGACAACAAAGCAGCCCUUUCACUUUAUGAGCAGCUCGGAUUCUACAGAGACAAAAGACUUAUUCGUUAUUAUUUGAAUGGAAGAGAUGCUUUUCGACUAAAAUUAUGGCUUACGCCUCGUAUGAGCAAUGGUGUUUUAUAGUUUCACUAUUCACUUAUUGUGUAUUUACCUUUUUAAAGUCAUUGUAAAUACAUGAUUUAUUUUCGUUAAACUUGUUGAACCUAAUGUUUUCGGUUUACAUUCACUAAUAUUUCGACCACUAAGAGAUAUCAUAUAACAUGUAUACUGAAUGUUCAUUUCAUUCUUUAAAAUACAUGGUAAUCCUUGUCUUAA